AUGGACCAAGGCAUAAUUCAGAGUCUCAAGGUCCAGUACCGGAAAAGAGUUCUCCUGAAGUACAUCAACGCCAUUGACAAAGGACAGACACCAACUAUCAGCAUCUUAGACGCCCUACAUCUCCUCAGCCAAGCAUGGGACAACGUUACAGUAUCCACAAUCAGCAACUGCUUUCGACAUGCUGGAUUCGCUACCCAGAACGACAACGCAACCCCAGAUGAAGAUGAAGACUUCGACAUAGAAUACAGCAUUCCCCUAGCGACUCUAAGGGCACAUGGACUAAACCCAGAAAUGCUCCAGGCAUUUACAACUAUCGACGACGAGAUCGAGACCUGUGCCGACCUUAGUGAUAAUGACAUUGUAGAGGAAGUCUUGAUGAAGAAAACUACUGAACCCAUGAACGAAUCAGAGACAACUGACGAUCCAAGUGAGCCCCUUAUCCAACCCCCUAAUUCAGAGGACACCGAGGCAGCGUGUGAGCUUGUGAGGCAAUACCUAGUGUGCCGUGAAAACAGCCAAGACAUUUUGCGUCACAUGAAUGUGAUUCUUGACACUGUACGCAGAAACAAUAUUCUUAAGAAGUCGGUCCAGCAGUCACGAAUUACAACUUUCUUCCAGAAGAAGUAA